AUGGUUAAGUUCAAGGAUGACUGGCCACUUGCCUUGGCGUUGUUAGAGAGGUGGAGGCCUGAGUCCCACACCAUUCAUCUAGCAUACGGGGAGAUGACCAUCACGCUGCAGAACGUGGCGUAUCAACUAGGACUCAGGAUCGAUAGUGAUCCUGUGAGCAAGUGCAUGGGUAGAUGGGAGCAGCACCAUGAGGGACAGAUCAUUGAGGACUUUUGUCAGCAGUUACUGGGUGUUGUGCCUGGCGCGGAUGACAGGCAGUCACAGACGAAGUGGACUGUUAAGCUAACGUGGUUCCUUAACACUGUCUGCGGAGAGCUGGAGCAGAAUGCCACUAAGGAGCGCCUCCUGAGGUGGCUCCCCCAGCUGGAGGACCUCGAUGCAUGUGGUAGGUUGUCGUGGGGAUCAGCUGUAUUGGAUUGGAUGUACCGCCAAAUGUGCCGCACCAUGGAGUAUGAUGCACGCAACCUGGGUGGUUAUGUUAGCCUACUAUUGUCUUGGGCCUACUACCGUAUUCCCUUGCUACGUCCAGAUGGAUUUGAUACCCGUCGGUUUCCACUUGUUGAGAGAAUUGUAGGUGGGUUCAGUACCGACUUGACAAUGACAGAGGCGAGGGGCGUCUUAGGCAUUGCAGGCGUGUCCUGA